UUCUUUUUUUUAAUCACAUGCCAGCAGAAUGAUAUCCUCCCUUCUCUUCCCCACUUCUCCUCGAGUCAAUAGCGGUCAGGGGAUCUGUGUCACCUCAGUUCAAUAACUCGUGUUGGUGACGCAGAAAAUACAGUUUCAGGAUGUAAUGGACUUUUUUUGCACGACCCUUAGAAUCGUGACCGAGGUAUUUCCCUAUUUCUCAGUAUCCAAUCAAACGCCGGAAUGUCCCUUGCGUCAUGCAUUAUGUUUUUCAGUGGGUGUGAAGGAGGAGAUUUGAAGUUUGAAUGCAGACCAGAGGAGGAACAGCUGAGGGAGCAGCAGUGACAGCAGAGCAGGGAAAGUGUUCAGCCGUCUGUCAGCUCCACCACCGCAAACCUCUCAGUCUCACACGUCCCGGAUACAACAUGUCGUUCAUUCUCAUGAAGAAGAAGAGAUUUAAGUUCAAAGUAGACUUCGACCUGGAGGAGCUGUCGUCGGUUCCCUUCGUGAACGGAGUUUUAUUCUGUAAAGUUAGACUCCUCGAUGGAGGCUUCGCCGAGGAGUCGUCUCGGGAGUCAGUCCAAGCCAACUGUGUGCGCUGGAAGAAGAAAUUCUCUUUCAUUUGUAAGAUGAGUGCCAGUGCGGGGACAGGUGUACUGGACCCCUGUGUGUGCCGGGUGUCUGUGCGCAAGGAACUGAAGGGUGGAAAAUCUUUUGCAAAGCUGGGCUUUGCUGACUUGAACCUAUCUGAAUUUGCUGGAUCUGGCAGCACUACGCGACGCUGUCUCCUAGAGGGAUACGACACCAAGAACACCAGACAGGACAACUCAAUUCUGAAGGUAGUCAUUACCACACAACUCAUGUCUGGAGACCCCUGUUUUAAAACGCCCCCAUCCACAGCCAUGACUCUGGGAAUCCCACAGGCUGAAGCAGAGUGUCUCCUUGAGGACAGAAAGGGAGGUGAUCUGCACAUAUUCCAUUCACUCACUGAGACGCCAGGAAAAUCAGUAUCAGUCCCAGAGGAGCUGGUAGCAUAUGGUCACUCCAGAACGCCCAGCUAUGCAAGUCAGCAGUCAAAAAUCUCAGGUUACAGCUCGAAUCACUCCAGUUUAACAGACCUCAGCCAUCGGCGGAGCGCGUCAGGUGGUUCUGCCUCCACUGGCAUCGGCAGCAUCUUGGAACCCGGUGACCAGCAGGGAGAGAGCAGGAAUUAUGCACCUGAAUAUCCCCCUACCCCUGUUAAAGCUCCAAGACAUCCAGUAAAACAGAACUCUGUGGAGAAUCAGCUGAAGAGAGUCGAUGCUACCAGGGUGGAUGCCGAUGAUAUAAUAGAGAAAAUCCUGCAGAGCCAAGAUUUUAGCCAUGGCUUCUUGGACUCCAGUGCAGAGGAGGAGGGGCUCAGCUUGUUUGUCGGUCCUGGUGGGAGUACAGCCUUGGGAAGCCAUCAUACAAGGGUUGCAGCUGGAGCCUAUGAGCAGGUGGUGAUCAAGCGCUAAGCUCUUGGAAGCAUGUGCCUGUCAUAGAAGGUGCCGUAUUACACUGAUGCAGGGGACACAAGACUGAGAAGUGGAGGUGGUGAAGUCAGAUCUUACUCCUGGCUCACUCAAGGAGAUUUGUUUUCUCAAUUCCUCCACAGCUGAACGACAGCGUCCGUUAUCAAGGAGAGCCCCCUAGUGAUCAAGAUGUGGAGGUGAAGGCCACAUUGAUGGAACAUUUUGGUGGCCAAGAAACUGAUGUACUGACAUUUCUGUGCUCUAUUAAGCAUGUAAGACGAAUUGUUACCUCUGUAAUUUUACAUAUAUUGUUCAUCCAUCUUGGGGGACAUUUGAACGAUUAGGGGCGUUUCAAUUAUUUUUAUAUUAUCUUAUAUUUUAAAAAGUAACAAAGUAUCCAACAUGUUUAUACUUUGCUACGGUUGACUCAGUUCGACCUGUUUUCUUGUUCUGUAAGUAUCUUGAGGGGGGACUGUGUCCAUUCCUUCAAGAUCCAUAUAAGUAAGCUAAUUUACAGUGGUUGCAGCACCAUUGGGUGUCAGCAGCUGAAGCCCAUUUAAGAUAAACACCUCAGUUCACCUGGUUGUGAGGGAGGAUGUCUGCAAUUAAAAUAUCACAAAGUUUGAAGUAUGUCUGAUGCCCUCUGUAAGGUGUCUGUGUGUUGGUGUGUGUGAGAGAGAGAGACUGGAUUUAUUCUUACCAUCAAUAAUUUUUACCAUGUAAUUCUGUAAACUCUGUAAAACAUGUGUUUUCGUAUGCUAACUAUUGGUGGUCAACUGUGUAAAGACCAUGAUGUUUUUAAGAUAUCUAUAUAUUAUUUUUAUGGCUGAAUGUUGAUAUCGUAGGCCAAUAAAGAUACAUUGUAAAAAAAAUGAACUUUGGGUUAACACGA